GGUUCAAACCAGGGUUCACGCGCUCCGAACCCCCAUGAACACGAGUAAUGUGACAGUACCCUUUCUAUGUGGCGGUUGUCAGUAUAGGUGAAGCUGUUGCCCUCGUGCGCGCGUGACAUUAUUCGUCUACCGCAAUGGCCGGCCUAAGAGGUCCAGAUGCACGCUUUCACCAGCAAGCAGACCAGGCAACUAAAGCUGGAGAAGAUUUUGCUAGGCUCUUUUACGACACCCUUGAGAAGCGACGACACCUGCUCGGCAACUUCUUCCUUGACACCGCAAACUUGGUGUGGAAUGGCAACCCGUACUGCACCAAGGAAGCUAUCGGCAGGUUCUACGAAUCGCUUCCGGCUUGCCAGACAGAUGUCAUCUGUGCCGACGCACAACCCUUUCGUGGUGAAUUCGUCCAAGGCCAGACAGCUAUACACGUCGUAGUUGCUGGACAGAUCAAGUUUUCAGGCAAGCGCUGGGUACCGUACACGGAAUCCUUUGUUCUGACGGCUCAAGACAAUGUGUGGAAGAUUGCUGUGGACACGUUUCGUUUUCAAGAACCUGCACCGAUGUGACUGGGCAGACUGUGGUGUUCACUGCGCUUUUUAUGUUGUGUGGACGGGUGUAUCCACCUUUCAUGUAUCGAACCAUGAGCUUUAAAUUAAAAGCCCUGAC